CUGCCGGCGGCCCUUUCUCGAAGGCGGAUGUGCGCCUGGAGGGCGAAGGCGGCGGCCGAGAGGACCCCAGCUCAGCCUGGCGGGUCUCUGGCCACAGCCAUGCACCGCUCGGGCCGAGGCCGAGGCCGAGGCCGACCCUCAGGGACACAGGAGCUCUGGAGCCUUAGGACCAUGGAUGCUCUCAACAGGAACCAAAUAGGCCCUGGAUGCAAGACCCAGACCAUGGUGCAGAAAGGACCCUUGGACCUGAUCGAGACAGGCAAAGGGCUGAAAGUGCAAACGGACAAACCCCACCUGGUGAGCCUGGGCAGUGGGCGACUCAGCACAGCCAUCACCCUCCUGCCGCUGGAGGAAGGGAGGACGGUGAUUGGCUCUGCAGCCAGAGACAUCUCACUACAGGGCCCAGGCCUGGCUCCAGAGCACUGCUACAUCGAGAACCUGCGGGGCACCCUCACCCUCUACCCCUGUGGCAAUGCCUGCACUAUUGAUGGUCUCCCUGUCCGGCAGCCUACCCGGCUCACUCAGGGCUGCAUGUUGUGCCUGGGUCAGUCCACCUUCCUUCGCUUUAACCACCCGGCUGAAGCCAAGUGGAUGAAAAGCAUGAUUCCAGCAGGGGGCCGAGCCCCUGGGCCCCCCUACAGCCCUGUUCCUGCAGAAUCAGAAAGUCUGGUAAAUGGAAACCACACCCCACAGCCUGCAACACGGGGACCCUCGGCCUGUGCCAGCCACAGUUCCCUGGUGAGCUCUAUUGAGAAGGACCUGCAAGAGAUCAUGGACUCACUGGUGCUAGAGGAGCCUGGAGCUGCUGGCAAAAAACCUGCCACAACCUCUCCACUGUCGCCGAUGGCUAAUGGUGGGCGCUACCUGCUGUCUCCCCCAACCAGCCCUGGUGCCAUGUCUGUGGGCUCCAGCUAUGAGAACACCUCUCCAGCCUUCUCUCCACUCUCUUCACCAGCCAGCAGUGGAAGCUGUGCCAGUCACUCACCCAGUGGGCAAGAGCCAGGACCUUCUGUGCCCCCGCUGGUACCUGCCCGUUCCUCCAGCUACCAUCUGGCCCUGCAGCCCCCACAGUCCCGCCCAAGUGGUGCUCGCUCUGAGAGUCCUCGGCUGAGCAGGAAAGGGGGCCAUGAGAGGCCUCCCAGCCCUGGCCUCCGGGGUCUGCUAACAGACAGCCCUGCAGCUACUGUGUUGGCAGAGGCCCGGAGAGCCACUGAGAGCCCCCGGCUGGGUGGGCAGCUGCCUGUGGUGGCCAUCAGCCUGAGUGAAUACCCAGCUUCUGGUGCUCUCAGUCAACCCACCAGCAUUCCUGGCAGCCCUAAGUUCCAGCCUCCAGUCCCUGCUCCCCGAAACAAGAUUGGCACACUCCAGGACCGCCCUCCCAGCCCUUUCCGCGAGCCUCCAGGCAGUGAGCGGGUGCUAACAACUAGCCCCUCACGCCAACUGGUGGGCCGAACAUUUUCAGAUGGGUUAGCCACCCGUACCCUGCAGCCUCCUGAGAGUCCCCGCCUGGGCCGGCGGGGCCUGGACAGUAUGCGAGAACUACCCCCCUUAAGUCCAUCUCUGUCCCGGCGAGCCCUCUCCCCACUGCCCACCCGGACCACCCCAGAUCCCAAGCUAAGCAGGGAAGUGGCAGAGAGUCCUCGGCCCCGCCGCUGGGCAGCCCAUGGGGCUUCACCAGAGGACUUCUCCCUGACGCUAGGGUCACGGGGCCGUAGGACACGGAGCCCCUCACCCACACUGGGUGAGUCUCUGGCACCCCGCAAGGGCAGCUUCAGUGGCGGGCUGAGCCCAGCCUACAGUCUGGGCUCUCUUACUGGGGCUUCACCCUGCCAAAGUCCCUGUGUCCAGAGGAAGCUCUCCAGCGGGGACUUGCGGGUGCCUGUCACAAGGGAGCGGAAAAAUAGCAUCACAGAGAUCAGUGACAAUGAGGACGACCUCCUGGAGUACCACCGGCGACAGCGCCAAGAACGGCUCCGGGAGCAGGAGAUGGAGAGGCUGCAUGAAGAUGCACCUAGCACCAAGCUCCAGGGAGAGGUGCUAGCCCUGGAAGAGGAGCGGGCUCAGGUGCUGGGGCGCGUGGAGCAGCUCAAGGUCCGUGUGAAGGAGCUAGAGCAGCAGCUGCAGGAGUCAGCCCGAGAGGCCGAAAUGGAGCGGGCACUGCUGCAGGGAGAGAGGGAGGCAGAGCGGGCACUGCUGCAGAAGGAGCAGAAGGCAGUGGAUCAACUGCAGGAGAAGCUGGUGGCCUUGGAGACAGGCAUCCAGAAGGAGAGGGACAAGGAGGCAGAGGCCCUGGAGACUGAGACAAAGCUCUUUGAGGACUUGGAGUUCCAGCAGUUGGAGCGGGAGAGCCGCGUGGAGGAGGAGCGUGAGCUGGCCGGUCAGGGGCUGCUCCGGAGCAAGGCUGAGCUGCUCCGCAGCAUCGCCAAGAGGAAGGAGCGCCUGGCCGUCCUGGACAGUCAGGCUGGGCAGAUCCGGGCUCAGGCCGUACAAGAGUCAGAACGCCUGGCCCGGGACAAGAAUGCCUCCUUACAGCUGCUGCAAAAGGAGAAGGAGAAACUGACUGUGCUGGAAAGGAGAUACCACUCACUCACAGGGGGCAGGCCUUUCCCGAAGACCACAUCGACCCUCAAAGAGAUGGAGAAGCUGCUGCUCCCUGCUGUAGACUUAGAGCAGUGGUACCAGGAGCUGAUGGCCGGGCUGGGGACUGGCCCCACUGCAGCCUCCCCUCACUCUUCUCCCCCGCCUCUGCCCGCCAAAGCUUCCCGUCAGCUGCAGGUUUACCGUUCCAGGAUGGAUGGCGAGGCCACCAGCCCCCUUCCCCGGACCCGCAGCGGCCCCCUUCCCUCCUCCUCUGGCUCUUCCUCCUCCUCCUCCCAGCUCAGCGUGGCUACCCUGGGGCGUAGCCCCUCCCCAAAGAGCGCUCUACUCACCCAGAAUGGCACGGGCAGCCUUCCGCGCAACCUGGCAGCCACACUGCAGGACAUCGAGACCAAGCGCCAACUAGCUCUGCAACAGAAGGGACAACAGGUGAUUGAAGAGCAACGGCGGCGACUGGCUGAGCUGAAGCAGAAAGCGGCAGCUGAGGCACAGUGCCAGUGGGAUGCCCUGCACGGGGCAGCCCCCUUCCCAGCGGGCCCCUCGGGCUUCCCCACUCUCAUGCACCACUCUAUCCUACACCACCUGCCUGCGGGGCGGGAGCGUGGGGAGGAGGGUGAGCACGCCUACGAUACGCUGAGUCUGGAGAGCUCUGACAGCAUGGAGACCAGCAUCUCCACUGGGGGCAACUCGGCCUGCUCCCCUGACAACAUGUCCAGUGCGAGUGGUCUGGACAUGGGGAAGAUCGAGGAGAUGGAGAAGAUGCUGAAAGAGGCUCACGCAGAGAAGAACCGGCUCAUGGAGUCAAGGGAGCGGGAGAUGGAGCUGCGGCGGCAGGCCCUGGAGGAGGAGCGGCGGAGGCGUGAGCAGGUUGAACGGAGGCUACAGAGUGAGAGUGCCCGGAGGCAGCAGCUGGUGGAGAAGGAGGUCAAGAUGCGGGAGAAACAAUUUUCCCAGGCACGACCCCUGACCCGCUACCUGCCAAUCCGGAAGGAGGACUUUGACCUGAAGACACAUAUUGAGUCAUCAGGCCAUGGUGUUGAUACCUGCCUGCACGUGGUGCUCAGCAGCAAGGUCUGCCGUGGCUACUUGGUCAAGAUGGGCGGCAAGAUUAAAUCAUGGAAGAAGCGCUGGUUUGUCUUCGACCGGCUCAAGCGCACCCUUUCCUAUUAUGUGGACAAGCAUGAGACGAAGCUGAAGGGAGUCAUCUAUUUCCAGGCCAUUGAGGAAGUGUACUACGACCACCUGCGCAGUGCAGCCAAGAGCCCGAACCCAGCCCUCACCUUCUGCGUGAAGACCCAUGACCGGCUGUACUACAUGGUGGCCCCAUCUGCAGAGGCCAUGCGCAUCUGGAUGGAUGUCAUCGUCACAGGGGCUGAGGGCUACACUCAGUUCAUGAACUAACUGCCGUGGGCCUCCUGGCAGAGCACAACUGAGGCUUUUGUAUAAGAAGACUUUAAUAUUCUGUAAAGAGCUUGGUCCUGUGAGUUUCUGGGCUCUGGCCUCCUGAAGAACCAGCCAGAAGAAGAAAAGUGGAGGUGGCUUUGCUGCCUCCUGGGAACCCAGAACUUGCAGUAACCCUUUAGGGUCCUGCCCCGGGCCCAGCCAGGGCUGAGGAGCUGUCACAGAGAGGGCCUCAGCUCCGACCUGACACCUGCUCUCCCCAGCCUCUUUUCUCUUUUCUAAAAGACAAAUUAUGGUACCAUAAGCUGCCAAAGAUCCCCUCCUGCCUCAGACCCCUUUGCCAUGGGCUUUGGGGGCUGAACAGAACCACAUUCAGAGUGGGGUAAUAGCUCAGGCAGCCCACUUCCCACUUCUCAAACCCCACUCUGCCCCAUUGUUCUCCUUUCCCAUAUCCUUUGUGUCACCUUGCUCAAGGGCCAGAGAUCUCAAGUGUCAUCCUUGAGGUCCCAGGUCCAUCCCCUAGUUGCAGACCCAUCACCAUGGUUACCAUAGCAACUGCCUCAUUGCCAUGGUUACAUACUAAUUGCUGCAGCUCUGUGGCCCAGCCCACUGCUUCAGCUGUGGGCCAUCUGAGGGUACGUGCCAUCAUCUCUCCAGCCCAGGCCCCUGGGCAUCUCAUGCUGGGGGAAAGGGGCUGAACACCUGUUCCCUGCCCCAUGCCUGUGUCUUCAGCCCUUAUGCACAGCCUGCCAGCCCCCCAGUCCAGCCCUCUCCCUUCCACUGGUGCCUUGCUUAGAGCCAGAAGGGAUGAAGCCGGGGGAUCUAGGGAACAGAGGAGGAGUGAUACGGUUGGGAGGGGAAGCUAGAAAACUUAUGGUUGGAGUUCUGUACAGGGUCGAAUUUCCAACAGGGAAAGAGGAUUCCUCCGAUGCUCCUAGAGGGAAAGCCUGAGCAGGAGAUGAUGCAGCAGAGGGGAAGGGCCCUGUGGUGCCGCUGCCCUUCCUUCAGCCUCCGAAGGGUGAUGGAAAUGGAGAGUGGAGGACCAGGCCUCCAGCUGUCCGGCCUCGCCCUUCACGCCUUAACACAAAGCCCACCUCCCCUGCUCUCCUUCCCAGCAUUAAGCCCUUGGUUGCGUGGGCCCAGGCUGGGGGUUCUCAGUAUUUGUAAGCACUUCAGCAGAACAAUAAAGCCUUUGGACUACGGAA